UAUCAGACACUGCUCUUUAUUCCGCUCCGUACAUCAUCCAAACUUCCACCGCAUCUUCUCAGUUAUUCUCCUCAUUAAUUAGCUAUUUAAUACUCAUUACCCCUUGGUUUAUUUCUUUUUGCGGUGAAUUUUAAGUGAUUAAUUAGCAGGCGAAUUUGUAAUAUUCAAGAUGGUGUCCCUGGAGGAUAUCACCCAGUUGCUCGCAACCGCCCCACCAUCAGCGGUUCUUCUACAAACGCUUAUGGAGCUCGAAGGAGACGUCAGUUUAACGUUUGGAGAUACUCAUAUGGCCAGCGACACGGGAUUCCUAAGCACAUACUAUUCCUCCUACCUAUUCGCCCUCCUUCUCGAAGAUGAAAUUAACGAAGCACAUAUGCUGACGCGUAGGAUACCAGAGAGUCUCGUGAAAGUGGACGCUACAAUACAAAGCGCCAUGUCCCUCCUUCGAGCAGUAUGGAACAAGAGCUACGAGAACAUAUACCGCAUCAUCAGAACGACACAAUGGCCACAAAGCAUUAAGUAUCUAGUUCAACAAUACCAACUUUUCUUCCAAAAUAAAACCUUCCAAGAUAUCAGUCUUGCCUACGGAUCAAUCCGGCCGUCGACCGCUGCUCUCUAUCUAGGUCUUGAUUCCAUAGGGGAAGAUACAAUGAGUGAUAGCGCGGAUAGCACAGGUCCAGAGCUGGUUGAGCUGCUCAUGGGGAAAGGCUGGGAAUGGGAUGCGGAAUCGAAGUUAUUCUCUCCGAAGGUUACGACUCAGGUGCCGAAGGUAACUGGUUCGGGAGGAGCGGCAAUCGGGCAUCUGGCGGCACAACUAAGAAGUCAUGGCGAUUGAGAUAUAAUUUUCCCCUGAAGAGGUUCAGAUGAUUGUAAUGAGAGACGAAAAACGAAAAACGAGAAAACGAGGGUCGAGAGAUGGGCAGUGGGAGACGAGAAGCGAGGGGACCUAUGGGUACGGUGGAGGUGCGGUGAUAUUCUGCAAGGCAGAAUGAACAUAGGUUCCGUCACGUAGAGGCCAGUAGCCAAACCGCGUUUGCCGAAGACGAAUCUUCUCGAAUUUCGCCAUCUUCCUCUUACCCAUUAAUGAUAGUCCACAUAUUUCUAUUCUCCUUCCUCCGGACGUGACGCGCUUGGUUCUACGGCGUUUUAUUUUCGGAAAAGGUCAAAGAUUCGUGGAUUCUCAAAAAACUGGAUAGAACUUUAAGACGCCAUCUGGGAUAUGUACAGAAUGAAAUAGAAAACUGAGGAAUGUCUUUUUUCUCGCCUUUUGCACACAGAAGAUAUGGGCCUUGGUUACACGAUAUAAAUAAUACAAAAGGAUGUUCUCCAACCACAUACUCUCUCGGAUAUAUAUGGCGCUCGCUCAUGUCCUUUUUUAUCUGUUGGUCAUUUUUUAGGAGUUUGAGGUACUCUCUUUCGCUGUCGAGUACCGCGGAGCAAGUACCUUUCACCGAGCCAUCUCGUCGCUAAUGCCUCCCUCAUCAGUCGUCCGCCUCCCCCUCCGCCUCCGACGUUUUCGUUCAUUAUUUCGCCAUUUCGGCAGCUUUUCAUAUUUAUGAACGCUUCGAGGUCGAAUCUCUUAUCUUCCGGAUCGGUUAUAACUAUUUAUAUUAUCUGUUAGCCGCAGUCUACGAAAUGGCAAGCAUCAUACAAAAGCAGAGAAAAACAUGUGUCAAAAGUGGAUACUCCACCCUUGCCAGAGCUUUCUUUAGAAAUCAUUUAACGUACCUCCACUGCUCGUUGUCUUAGUUUCUGUUGGCGCAUUCUUCUUUGAAUAUUCUGCCCGCGCUUGCUCGAUCAAUGAUUCUUUGCGGCUGUAUUCGCGAUCUAUCUGCGCCUGUUUGGCUUGUGAAGUGAGGGACGAUUGGUGGUAGAGGCCAUAGAAAACGCCAGCAAAAAGGGCGGAGUAGCGUAGCACCUAAAAAUGCGUAUGUCUGAUUAGCACUGGG